CGAGCUCGCCUACCUCAUAACAUGUCUUCGUACGCAAUCCUCCUCUCGCUGGUGUCGGCGGCCAUGUGCGCGCCUCAGAACUACAACCGCUUGUCUGGCCCCUUCGAAAUCAUCCCAAUAAUCAGCGAGCGGAGCAGCGGCCCCCUCAACGGCGCCUACAACUUCGAAUUCGAAACCGGCAACGGCAUCCGACGCAACGAACAGGGCAGUCCGUCGGGACCUAACGGAGCUGUUGUUUCUCAGGGAGGAUGGACAUUCACGUUCCCGGAUGGCACUCCGGCUCAGUUCAGUUUCGUGGCGGACGAAGGAGGCUACCGCGUGGAGUCUCCUCUCUUGCCCAAACCUCACCCCCUGCCCCGCCACGCCAUCGAGCAGAUCGAGAAGGCAGCGCGCGAGAGGGCGCAGGGCAUCGUGCAUGACGGCCAGUACGACCCCAGCAGAUACGGCGGCGGACAGUCGCAGGGCAGCAGACGUCGGUACAAUUAAGCACUUAAGCUAUGACGGUUCGCGAUGCAAUUUCGCGUUGAAUAGGAAGCAUUACACAAUAAAAGGAUCUAUGGAAAUUUCCUAAAAAUUUGAAAAUCGAGCUUUAUUUUAAUUCCGAAUUUUUUCUGGCUGAUGUAUGUGGAAUAUUCUAUGUCAUAGACAGAAUUCGAUACAUUCAAACUAUAUGUAUCGACUUUAUUAAUCGCUGGAUUGCGAUUGAAUUUAGUCCCAUUAACUAUCUAAUUCUCUAUUAGCUUGACUGACAUAUUGACACCAAACAGCGUCACAAAUUUGAGGGGUACGAAAAGAGGCUCGUUUUUUGACGGGGUGUGUCAGUGUAAAGAAACCUGUAAUGUACAUGCGAAAAAUACCGAACGAACAAUAAAAUAAGCAUAUAUUUCGACAAUGUUUUAUUCAA